AUGUCAGAUCUCCACACCUCCAUCCCCCUUACAGUGUUCGAUCAAACUUUCGCCAGAGCUGACAAAGAUGAGCAUAAUCGAAACCACAACUCAACUUCCUCUAAGAACAAGACCAAUAAAGGCCUUAACGCCCCAUCAGAAUAUCGCCUAACUUUCGGUGAAUGGUCCGAAUGCAUGAGCUUAUUUAGACGGUACCUGUCUAAAUACUACGGCCAGAAACCCCUCGCGAAACGCUUACAACUUCAUAUCGAAAACGUCAAAUCCAUUAAACGUUCUACUGAGUGCUGGAUGACAGCUUUAAGAUAUGACAUCCUAGUUCGAGAACAAGUCUUCGUGAAACGAGAAGGGAAGACUCGAAUGAAGGACAUAGGAACCCGUAUGGCCCAAUACGAAAACCAGGCUAAAGAUAAAUCACUCAGAUUAGGAGAAGCCAACUGUAGAGAUACGAACCCGUACGCAGAAGGCGGCCGAUUCGAAUCUCGUCACCCAGAAACAGGAGCCUUCAUGCAUCAUAAACCUCAGCAACCAUAUGGAAGUAGAAGCCAUAGCGGACCUAACCAAGAAAGCCAACCCCUCAAACGCAAAAGAGGAAGACGAGGAGGACAUAACACACCCCAACAACCAAUGGGACCUAGACCAACAAACGGUCAGCAAUCCCAACAUACAGGUCACCACCCUCUCCCUCCAAACCCUACCUUGUAUCAAAAUCAACUUCCCCUCCCAGCAGCAACCCCGAUGGCGAACAACCGUUUCCCUAGCAGAGGAAGUAGAGGUGGAUGGAGAGGAGGUAGAGGCGGAUAUCACAACCAGCGAAAUGAUGGGUAA